AUGAGUCAUAUAAACUUCAGGAGUGUGUUCCAACAUUUAUAUGUGUUGUACUUGGGUAUACCUGCUGGGAAUUUGUCUGUAGUAUUUGUACCUGAUGCCAUUGGAAGUUUGUACCACCUCAAGUUCUUAAGCUUGAAAGGUAUCCGUGAUGUUCCCUCUUCCAUUGGCAACCUCAAGAAUCUACAGACACUUGUUGUCAAUGUGGACGGAUACACUUGCAAACUACCCCGCGAGACAGCUGACCUGAUAAAUUUAAGACAUUUACUUGCUCCGUACUAUUCAAAACCUCUGGUACAUAUAAGCAACCUCACUAGUCUUCAAGUUCUUAAAGGUGUUGGUUGUGAUCAAUGGAAAGAUGUUGAUCCUGUUGAUUUAGUCAAUCUUCGAGAAUUAAGCAUGGAUGAUAUUAAGAAAUCUUACUCCCUAACCAACAUUAGGAGCUUGGAAAACCUUAGCUCUCUCAGAUUGUUUUGUGGAAGUGGUGAAUCAUUCCCAGACCUUGAAUUUGUUAAUUGUUGUGAAAAGCUCCAGAUAUUGAGGUUAUAUGGGAGAAUGGAGAAACUGCCUGAUCAUCUGUUUCCCAAUUCCAUCACAAUGAUGGUUCUGAAUUUCUCAGUACUGACAGAAGAUCCGAUGCCUAUUUUGGGAAUGUUGCCAAACCUAAGGAAUCUCGAUUUGCUUAGAGCUUAUGAAGGAAAAGAAAUAAUGUGUUGUGAUAACAGCUUCAGUCAACUAGAGUUCCUUAUUCUUCGUAAACUUGAGAAGCUAGAAAGAUGGGAUUUAGGCACAAAUGCCAUGCCUCUGAUUAAAGGUCUUGGUGUCCAUGACUGUCCAAAUUUAAAGGAGAUUCCUGAGAGAAUGAAAUACGUGGAACUGUUGAAGAGAAGUCUAAAAAACAAUGCUACUAUCCAGUGUGAUGAUCAUGGUGCUGAGUUCUUUGAAGUCGAAAUCAACUCUUCCAUGGACAAAGUUAUUAAUCACCCUGAUUUGACAUUCCUACAAGGUUUAUCUUGUAGGGAUUCGUCGUCAUCAACAUUUGGUCCCUUAACUCUUGCACAAUUAAGCCAUUUCGAGUGUGGAGGAAUCGCUCUUAGUUUUUGCAUGUUGCACAAGGUGGGAGACGCGUGCAACGCUUACUUCUUCUUGAGGGAUUGGGCUAGGUUAACUCGAGAUCCAAAAUCAACAUUAUCUCCUCCAUACUUUGCUAAGGAUUCACUAAUGCCAUCACCAUUUGAUGGUCCUCUGGUUUCCCCUGUUGUCUAG